UUUAACGUCAUUCGUUCAAAAGAAACGAGUAAUUAAGUUGAACGGAUGCGCGGCGUUACGUUGUGAAGUGGAAAAUUUAUUUUAUAAAAUUUACAUGUUUUCGUGUACAACAAAUUUAUAAAUUACCGGAAUAAGUGACUUUAAAAAGUUGUAAUUGCAUAAACAAUAAAAUUGUAUGAAUAUUAUUAAUCCUUAUCGCAAAAAUAUUGUGUAAAAAGGUGCAGUGGAAGAAAAUUUUCGUUGUGCGCGUUGUUGUGAAUCACGUAUAUAGAAUAACAUUGAAAGCGCAAAAUAAAUUUGACUUAUUGGUACGGAAUAUCUGUGUCGCGCAAUUGAAAUUAAUAUAAAAUAUAUUUUAAAGAAAAAAGUUAAAAUGUCUGAAGUUGCGAAUAAUAGUGAAAUUCAGCAGAGCACUGUACCAGUUGAACAGACGAUUGUUGAAACGGGGGAAACAGUGUCGACAAGCGCGCCCACGUCGACUGAGGCAGAGGAGAUAUCAACUGCGGCCGAAAAGCAAGUGGUCAACAACAGCAUUGAAGCUGAAUGUGCGUCAGGCGAUGCGGGCACUAGCGCUGCGGAGGCGGCCAAACCAACGGAAUCUUCACCUAAAGUGGAAAGCAAGAAGACUCCCGCGAAACGCACACCUUCAAAACGGAUGUCUUUCAUAGAACGGGCGCAAAAGGAAAGUGAAGAGCUUGUUAAAAAUAUGGGUGGUAGUUUGGAGUUAGAUGGUGGAAGACGUACACGGUCAAGCACACGUGGUACACCAACGCGCGCUUCUGCGGCAUCCACUCCACCACCUGCGAAAAAGGCGCGUACAUCUCCGGCAAAUGCCAGCAGCACUCCGUCCCGUGCUCGAGGUCGUGGAAGGAAGAUUGAGAUAUCAGAGGAUUCGGAAGAAACCAAAGAGGUUGCGGAGCCAAAAGCAACUAAAACACCAGAGAAGUCUAAAAGCCCAAAAAAGAAACAAGCUUCUUCAAACAAAGUGAACAACGCAUUAAAAGAGUCGUCCGAGCCUGACACUGAAUUAUCUGCCCCUGAAGAAGUUGCUGAAAAGUCUACAGAAAACAAAGAGGAAGAAUCGGUACAAUCAUCCUCAAGUGUGGAGCAAUCUGAAGACCAAACAGAUGCUAAAACCGAAACGGAAACUAUUUCAGAAGAUAAACAGAACAAAGAGCAAAAUGUAGUUCCUACAGAAGUGGAACAAGAUUUAUCAGCUGAACCUAAUGACAGUGAAACACCAAUGGACACAAGUGAGCCAAUAUCGUCUGAAGAACCAAUAGCCACAACACCAACUUCUGAAGCUAAUGUGCCAGAAGAACCUGCAGAUGUUGAAAUUGUUCCAGUAGAAAUCACAGAAUCAACUAACGUAGAAGGAACAGUUGCGGUGCCAAAAGAUGUACCCUGUGAAGCAAUGGAAGUCGAUUCAAAUUCAAAAAGCAGUGAUGUUGAGCUCAUUGAAUCUACACCGUCUGUUAUUCCACCGACAACAAAUGAAAAGGAUAGUUCUGCGCCGCUUGUUGAAUCCCAAACGAGUCAAGAGGUUGUAACUGAAGAAGAAAAAUCAACAAUUGAAGAACCAGCUAAAGAUAAUGAAGUUGAAAGCGAGGUAGACGCUAAGGCAGAAGAUACACCACAAGCGCCGGUCGCUUGUGAUGUGGGGAGCGUGGAACCGAAUGCAGACACGUUACCUGAAAAAAAUGAUGUUUGUGCCAACAACGUAAAAGAAGAUGUGGCUGCGGAAAAACCAGCUACUGUUGAAAUUGAAAAUUCAGAAAUUGAAGCGAAUGCCAACAAUGAUGAAGGUGUUAAGCCAGAAAAUGAGUUGUGUGUACCCAAAGUCGUGUCGCCAUCAAUAACCAAUGCAAAUUCAGAUGGCACUGUGGCAACGAUUUUGUAAAUGUGACGUACAACGACUUCAACAUUUAUUACAAUAGUUAACC